AUGCCUGAAUUUCAAGUUUUCUUUAAUGACGGGACCUCCAAUGAUUUCAAUACGCUUUUUGCUUCACUUCCACAAAACAGGAAUUACUAUACAGUCAGAGUUCCCGGCUCAUUCCACGCUAGCCAGUUCCCUAAGGCCCCACUUCACUUUGCUUAUUCAUCUUGUACGCUCCAUUGGCUUUCUGAGGUGCCCAAAGAGGUGGUGGAUCCCUCGUCUUCUGCAUGGAAUGAAGGGAAAUUUUUGUACCAUGGAUAUAAAAAUGAAGUGUUCAAUGCUUAUGCUGCUCAAUUUGCAAAGGAUUUGGACUCUUUCUUGAAAGCAAGGGCAGAGGAAUUUGGUUUUUGA